AAACAAGGGUUAGGCAAUAAGGCAGCUCAGACAGGAUCAACAGAUAAGCUGGUUGUUCCAGUUGUUGAGAGCUUUUGGACACAGAUUUCCUCACCAUUUCCACAUUUCCACACCAGUAAAUCAUGCAUAAUUGUGUGUGCGAAGAACGUGCCUGAAGAAAGGGAGGUGGGAAGAACAAAGGGUUAGAGAAAGAGACGAGAGCAUGUGAAAACAAGCCUGUGAUCAAAAUAAUGCUGUCCAGUUUUAAAAAAUGUCAUGUUUAUCAUUUCUCAUCGCCCCCUUACAUUUCACACAUUCUGCUGAGGCAGAGCGAAGCAUCUUUAAAUGCAACAGAGGAGGAGUAAGGGAGGAGGGAUGGAGAAAGGGAGGAGGAGGAGGAGGAGGAGAGAUGACAGGCAGAGGAAGGAGGAGGGAUUGUGGUUGCGUCUGGUGCUAUUGUCAUUCUGCUGUUGUGUGCUUCAGCGGCAGGAGGCUCUGCUGAAAGGAGGAGUAGAAAACAGAGCCAGAGAGGACGGAGAGAGAGAGAGAGAGAGAGAGAGAGGGAGGGCGGACAGGGAAAGAAAGAAGAGAAAGGAGAGCCUGGGCAGCACUGCAACAGCUGCUGCAGCAGUCUGUCAGGAGGACAGAGAGAGGCAGAGGGAAUGAGGAGAGGAAAAAAUGAAUAAUCUGUCUGCAAAGAAGAGCAAAGAUCCAAGGACUGUGCCUUGUUAGCCUUUUCUUGUUUUCUCCUGAAAGGAUAAGGGGGCUGAAAGGAAGACUAUUUUUCUCUCUCCUUGCUGAUGCUUUUCUAAAUGCUCUCAUGCAGGAGGCAUGCUCAGAAGUAGCGUGAAAGGAGGCAGAGAAGGAGAUUUAAAGAUGGAAAGGGCGGAAAGCACCAAAACGUACGGCCAAGCCGAGGGCAAAGCUGUUGGCAUGGCAGCCAAGAGAGGCAAGUCGGGGGUGCCCCAGAGCGCCCAACGAGGGGAACUGAGGGUGUACCGUGCAGGUAGCUCUGAGGGGCGGCUUCCAGUGUCCUCCAACCUCCGCAAGCAGAGGUCCAUGACCAACCUGGCCGUGCUCACCGAUGCAGAGAAAAAGAUACACCUCUACGAGCCCAAGUGGUGUGAUGACAUGGCCAAGUCUGGAGCAGAACCCCUCAAGGCAGGCAAGCCCAAGCUGGCAGGAGGGGGUGGCGGUGGCGGACGAGGGGGUGCGCCGCUCUCACGCAACCUCUCCAAGUCAGAGCACUCUCUCUUCCAGGGCAAACCCAAAACCUUCAGCCCAUUGGCGGCUCCUUCUGGUCUGGUCAGACCCAGUCAGAGCCGGAUCCCCCGGGCGCCAUAUGCAGAGGUGAAGCCCCUGAGUAAAGCCCCUGAGGACGGAAAAUCUGAUGAUGAGAUUCUCUCCAGCAAGGCCAAGGCUGCCAGCAAGAAGCAGGCAGUGGGAGCUUCUGUGGAGUCAGAGGCCAAGAGCCAAGGGGAUGGAAGCCAAUCGUCCUUCCUCAAGGUGGAUCCAGAGCUGGUAGUGACUGUCCUGGGUGACCUGGAGCAGCUUCUCUUCAGCCAGAUGCUGGACCCAGAGUCUCAGAGGAAACGUACGGUGCAGAACGUCCUUGACCUCAGACAGAACCUGGAAGAUACCAUGUCCAGUCUCCGGGGAGCCCAACUCAGCCAUGGCUGUCUGGACAGCAGUACUGUUUGCUACGACAGUGACGAGACGAACGGCCGCAGCAUGUCCAGUCAGUCCAACCGCUCCUCUCCUCUCUCCUGGCGUCACGGCCAAUCCAGCCCCCGGAUGCAGGCUGGAGACGCUCCUUCUUCCACGGGCAGCGGUGGGUACCAGGGGGGCAAGGCCGGUUCCCAGUACACAGCCCACACAAUGCCCGCCCGAGUCUCCAGCCGUUUCAGCCACUCCUCCCGAAUGGAGCUCAUCGAAGGGUUGGAUGUGGAUGAUGCGGACCUCAAGUCUGGUUACCUGAGCGACAUCGACCUGCUGGGCAAGAGCAUGCCAGAGGAUGACGACGACAACCUGGCCAAUGGUUGGGAUGAGAGCAGCUCCAUCAGCAGUGGGCUCAGUGAUGGCUCUGUAGACAACCUCAGCUCCGAGGAGUUCAACGCCAGCUCCUCCCUCAACUCUCUGCCCACCACACCCCUCGGAUCCAGACGCAACUCCUCUGCCAUGCUCCGCACCGAUGCUGAGAAGCGCUCUCUGGUGGAGAGUGGCCUGUCCUGGUACAGUGAGGAUGCCAAGGCCGCACGCAAGAUGGACGGGGGCAGCUACGAAACUGGGAGCCUCAAGACCGAGACCCCCAGCAAGUGGAGGAAGUCCUCCAGACCCAUGGAGGGUGCUAGUGAGGACGCGGGGGUCAAAGGGGAACUGAGGAAGCCCCAAAUCCUGGGUCAGCCAGGGAACUUUAAUAAGAAGGGGCGCCACCCUCCUGUGGGCGUGACCUCACCCAUUACCCACACCUCUCAGAGCGUGCUCAAAGUGGCAGCACCAAAGAGUGACCACAGGGCGGUGGACAAGACAAAGAUGUCUGUGAAGGCUUCUGGGCUGCAGCGAUCUCGUUCUGACGCCGGGAGGGAUCAUCUUCCGCAGCAACGGGAACUCCGCAAGCCCCCAUCCGGCCUGGUCAAGCCCUCUGCCGGGGCCUCGUUCGGCUACAAGAGGCUCCCGACCCCCAGCACCGCCACCGUCAUGACAGCAGGGGGCAGUACCAUCUCUAGUGGCUCUGCCACCGUGGGCAAGAUGCCCAAGUCUUCUGGCAUCCCUGUGAAGCCUCUGGGAGUUGGAGGAGGAAGAGGGGAACGUAAGAAUAGCUUUGACGCCACCGGCAGUGAGGAGGGGGGCUUCCUGGGGCCCAGCGCCCGUAACAGCCUCCAGUACCGCAGCCUGCCACGCCCCGCCAAGUCCAGCACCCUCAGCCUGAUCAGCCGCCCUGGAUCGGCCCGGCCCGCCAGCAGCAGCAUGGAGCCCGGCCUGUUCAGCCUGAAGCCUGUCUCCAUGGCCUGCCCCGGCCCCAGGGGGAAAGAGCCUGGCAGUGGAAGCACUAAGGGGGCCAGUCGAAGAGGGAGCACAGGCCCUGUCAACCAGACAGACAGGGAGAAGGAGAAGGAGAGGGCUAAGGCCAAGGCAGUGGCAUCUGAUAUGGACUCCCUGUGUGGCUCCCUGAAGAUGGCAGAAUGUCAGGGUGAUUCCACUAGGGAGGCUAGCGCCAAACUGCAUGGGCUGCGUAGGGCCAGCAGCAGCAAAUACCCUGAGCUCUCAUCACCCACCACUCAGAGGAUGCUGAGCUGCAAAUCUCUGGGUCGGCCUCCGAGCCUGGCACACCUGGACAAGGUCAACUCCAACAGCCUGGACUUGUGCGUGACCAUUCAGGACCUCCCUCCUAAAGUGCCCCCCUACUCCAAGCUCCAGGACCUGGCUGGAUCCGGGCCACGCAGCACCAUCCCCCGGGGCCUCACCCCCAGCCCAGCCCCCAUCCUGCACCUCGACUCCCCCAGCUGCUACCCUAGCCAGACCCUGUCCAUGGGCAGCUCUCCGCUGCUCUACCCCAAACUGUCUGGCCUACACCGCAGCAUGGAGUCACUUCCCCUCACCAUGAGUGUUCCUCCCAGUGGAGGAUAUAUCCGGGCAGAGUCCAGAGACAGGGACAGCUACAGAGACAGGGACAGGGAGGAGACGAGGAGCACAGGGACCUGGGGUGCUGGGAGCAGGACCUCCCUCAAUCUCCCAGACAGUUUGCAAACAGACAGGAACACCUUACCCAAGAAAGGAUUAGGUCGCUACAGCUCUGGUCUGUCAGAGGAUCAGUCGGAGGGGAAGGAGAGGCGUCACUCUCACACCGCAGUGAGCCUGAUGGAGAGCGAGAGCCCCCCUCAGCUGCCAUCGCCCACCCACAUGCCCCACCUCUCCUCUGGCAAGGCUGUCCUCACUAACGUGGUUGCCCCUAUCCCGAGUGGUGCCCCCAGGAUAACCCGCUCCAACAGUAUCCCGACCAACGACAUGGCCUUCGACCUGUACGGCUCCCCUCCACUGGGCAGCACCAUGUCACUGGCCGACCGGCCCAAGAGCAUGAUGCGCUCUGGAUCCUUCCGCGAGCCUGGGGAUGACUGUGAGACAGCUAGCACAUUCCAUGGCUCUGUUCUCUCCUUGGCUUCAAACACUUCAUCCAACUAUUCCUCGACCGAGGAGCGGAUACAAGGAGAGCAAAUCCGCAAGCUGAGACGCGAGCUGGAGAACUCCCAGGAAAAAGUGGCCAACCUGACUACCCAGCUGUCUGCCAAUGCUAAUUUGGUAGCAGCGUUCGAGCAGAGCCUGCAACUGAUGACGUCACGUCUACAGACCCUGUCGGUCAGCCAGGAGCAGAAGGACUCUGAGCUGACUGAUCUGAAGGAGACCAUAGAGAUCCUGAAGACGAAAAACACAGAGGCCCAAGAUAUCAUCCAUGUGGCCCUCAGCAACCCUGACAUCCCUCCUAAAGAGCUUCAGAUGAAGAGACAGAACUCGUCCGAGAGCAUCUCCAGCCUGAACAGCAUCACCAGCCACUCCAGCUUGGGCAGUCUAAAGGAGCAGGAGGCCAAGAAGAAGAAGAAGAGCUGGCUGAGGAGUUCCUUCAACAAGGCGUUCAGUAAGAAGGGUUCAAAGCUCUCUGCUUCGUACGCUGACAUCGAGGAGAUCGCCACUCCAGAUUCCUCUGCACCCUCCUCUCCUAAGAUCACCAUCCACCACGGGGAUGGGGACGGGGACAACUCUCCCUCCAUGAUGAGGUCCUCUGUCUCUGUAUCCUCCUCUGGGCUGUGUGAAGGAGGCGAGGAUCCCCCGGAGGAUGAGAAGGUUGUGUCUACGCUGCGCUCGGCCCUCUGGGAGAAGGAGAGGAAGCUGACGGACAUCCGCCUGGAAGCCCUUAGCUCCGCCCACCAGCUGGAGCAACUGCAGGAGGCCAUGAACAACAUGCAGAUGACAGUGGAGAACCUGAAGGCAGAGAAUGACCAGUUGAAGACAGGUGGUCCCUCAACCUCCACCUCCCAGUCCUCCAGCUUGGCAUCACUGGGCACCGCCUCGCCACGUCAAUCUGUUGCCAUAUCUCUGAGCAAGACCUUAAGCAUGAGCCUGGGAGAAGGCAGCUCCCCUGACCUGUUCCAGACAGAAGCCGUCAGUCUCACCUCUCAAAGGGACGACCCACGUGUCAGAGUGGUGGUUCGUGUGGCCAACCUGCGCAUCUUCAAAGAUGAGGUGAAACAGCAGGACUUCUUCAUCGGUACUGUGAGGGUUAACGGCAGAAUGGACUGGCCUAUGUUGGAUUCGGCUGUCGGCCAGGCUUUUAAGGUGUACAUAGCCAAGGUGGACCCCACCUCCAGCCUGGGCCUGUCUACAGACUCUAUCUACAGCUAUAGUAUGAACCACAUCAGGAGGGUGCUGGGAGGAGAGUUGCCAGAGAGCCAACCCUCACACUGUGUAUCCAAGGGGCCCAGCAGCGUCACUGUUACACUCAAAGGUCUGAAGGAGAAGUGUGUGGACAGCCUGGUGUUUGAGACGCUCAUCCCCAAGCCCAUGAGCCAACACUACAUCAGCCUGCUGCUGAAGCACCGCCGCCUCAUCCUGUCUGGGCCCAGCGGCACCGGCAAGACCUACCUCACUUCCCACCUGGCAGAGUACCUGGUGGACCGCAGCGGCCGAGACCUCACCGACGGCAUCGUGGUCACCUUCAACAUGCACCGCCAGUCAUGCAAGGAUCUCCAACUCUACCUGUCCAACCUGGCCAAUCAGAUCGAUCGGGAAACCAGCACAGCUGAAAUCCCAUUGGUGGUUAUCCUGGAUGAUAUACAUGAUGCCACUUCCAUCAGUGAGCUUGUCAAUGGGGCCCUCACCUGCAAAUACCACAAAUGUCCUUACAUCAUUGGAACUACCAACCAACCAGUGAAGAUGACCCCCAACCAUGGCCUGCACCUCAGCUUCAGGAUGGUGACCUUCUCCAAUAACGUGGAGCCAGCCAAUGGCUUCCUGGUGCGUUACCUGCAUAGGAAGUUGAUGGAGGCGGAGGACGAGAGGAGCCUGUCCAACGAGGACCUCCUCAGGGUGCUGGACUGGGUACCCAAGCUGUGGUACCACCUGCACACCUUCCUGGAGAAACACAGCACCUCUGACUUCCUCAUCGGCCCAUGCUUCUUCCUGUCCUGUCCUGUGACUGUGGAGGAGUUCCGCUCCUGGUUCAUUGACCUGUGGAACCUCUCCAUUAUCCCCUACCUGCAGGAAGGAGCCAAGGAUGGCAUUAAGGUGCAUGGUCAGAAGGCAGUGUGGGAGGACCCAGUGGAGUGGGUGAGGGGCACCCUACCCUGGCCCUCAGCCCAACAGGACCAGGCCAAGCUGUUCCACCUGCCUCCCCCCAGCAUGACCUCUGGAGGCCCCGGCCAGCCCAGCGAGGCCUCAGCCAGGCCUCUUAAUAAGGAGACCCCACCCAGCUCCAUGGACACCCUGGACCCUCUGAUGGCCAUGUUGUUAAAGUUGCAAGAGGCAGCCAACUACAUUGAAUCUCCGGACAGAGAAACAAUGGACCCCAGCCUCCCUACACUUUGAACAUCAACUUCAACUGUAGACUCAAAACCUAGCACUUCAAAUAGCCCUACAUUUUUUCCCCUAUGUGAGCUUCAGUGUAUAAUAUUCAGGAACAAAAACUUUCCAAUAUAGUUUUCUGCUAAUUUUGUAACUUAUCUUGAACCUUAGCAAAAAACAAUCAUACUCCAUAUGGUUGAUUGAUUGAGAAGCCGUUUUGUUUUGUUAUGUUGUUUUUAAACUUUAUUCAAUCAUGCCAAGUCAUUCCAAAAGACAUUAUAGCGAUGUUUAGAUAUUCUAUCUCUGUCGAUUUUUCUUGAACUAGAGAUUAUAUUCACAGUAUAAAGUCUCUCUCUCUUUACAGAAGACGUAUCUCUAUCACUUCUGCCCUCAAUAGAAACAGGUGCUAAUUAUCUAGAUAAUAAGUAUUACUCUUUAGAAAUUCAUCCUCAUCUCUCAUUGGUCUAAGCAGGUGAUUCUUCCAACAGCAUAUUUAAAAGACAAAAAAGCACAUUCUUGCUUAUCCACUUUUGCUCAACAACAGCAACAUGGCCUGCAAUGUGCCUGUAAAAUCAAGUCAGUUUGAAACCUGUUUUGGGCUUAUUGGAAAGAGUAUGACGGCAUGUUGUUGGCAUGUCAGGUUGUAUAGUCCUGGUCCUGAAUACAUAUCUAUCUAUCACUCUUUGAAGGCCAAAUCUUAGACAUAUGCAACUCUUAUACAUAACUAGGUGAACUGUUUUGACUCUGUGCUCUAACAAACUGAAUGCCUUAAUACAUAUAUUCCUGAUGGUCACCUCGAGAUGGACAGCAGUAUUCAAUCGUGGUGCUUUGCUUUCAUAACCAUCGCCUCAGAGUAGAGUAGUGCGAGGACAUUCUCUUGUCCCUCCCUCACAUGGUUCUGGGGUCACAUGGUUCCGGGGUGAUUUUAAAGGUCAUCUAACUAUAUUUGACAGAUAACAAUAUGUUGCAGGUAGGGUAGAUGGUGAUGAUCAGGGUUUCUUUGUCAAGUGAGAAAAUAGAGGGUUGAACAGAGCAGAACACAGACACAUGAUUAUUUCCUAUGGUUAAUAUCUUUCAUUAUCAUUCACGGCAAAAUCUGUGCAAAAUUACAAACGCUGUCAUACUCAUUACUAAAACAGGGGGAAAAAUAAUCAGUACAUACUAAUCUCAGCUUCUGUGGUACUAUUUCAUCGGUUUGUUGCAGGCAGCAUACAUUAUAUUUAUUUGACUGAACAUAUAUUUCAAAUCUAACUACCUGUUUUGAAGAAAUAAGGCCAUGACAGUACUACUUUCAUAUAAAUCAGGUAUUACUAAGAAAGUUAUUUUGUAUGAAUAAUGCUUGAGCAACUGCUAUUUGCUUAUAGCUUAGAUAUUUCUCAACUUCUAUUUUUAAGAUGGUGAGGUAUCAUCUAAUAUAUUCCACGCAAUUAUCCAAUAUAGUUACUGUGCUCAAUUCUUUAUGUAGAUAUUGAUUUCAGUUUUAUCUACACUAGUUGCAUGGUGCAAAUAUCUUAUAUGCUGAACCAAAUAUUUUACUGUAAUCUUGCAUAUUGACUGUCUGGUUAGGGGUCAGAGCAUAAAAGUGCUUAAAAGAAUUAACAUGUAGAUAUUUUCCUCAAUGUGUUGGCCAUGUAACAUUGCAGAUCAUUUAGGUGCUUUUGAAUGUAGCCUUUUUACAAAGCUACUGUCUCAUUCCUUGCAAAAAAACAUGUCUUUAGACCUACACCAAGAUGGGUGAGUGAACGGAUGAGUUCUCUGUUGCACCCCACAAACCAUUGUAAUCAGACACAGGUUAACAAUCUUACAUCUAAUGUAGCUGCCAAUGGUGCUGUUCACUUUUUGACUGGUAAUAUUGCUUUGCUCAUCUUCAGUUUAGUUAAUGACCAUUCAGACACAGCAUAAAAUGGAUGAAAAAUCUAUUUGCUCAUCAGCAAUGAUCAAGGGCCAUUUCCCAGUUCAGAGUCAUACAUAUAGGAAGAUAAACGUAUCAAAAUAAGAUAUAAAAAAAUGAAAUUGUAAAGUAGAGUGGGUUACAUUAGUGUUUUCGACUGAUGCUGAAACAAUGUAGGAGAAUGUCUGUGCUUUGGUCUCUCCACACUAAUGAUGUAUAAUCUCUUGAUCAUAAGUCACCUGUAUAUAAACUGUGAAAUGAAUGUUCAAUCGCUUUCUUUGUACAAUGGUUAUCACAACAGAAAGAAAUGUUGCAAACUACUAAAGGUCAUUAUUAAGCAAAGUGGAACUAAACCACCAUGAAUACGUUAAAACAUGGUAUUUUUUUGUUUUGCUUUUGCAUCAAACUGUUAAUCAAAUCAAUGACAUCAAACUAUUAUUAAGUCCAAAGUCCAUCUGAUGACAACAAACUGUUAAUGAGUCCAAAGUCCAUCUGAUGACAUCAAACUGUUAAUGAGUCCAAAGUCCAUCUGAUGACAUCAAACUAUUAUUGAGUCCAAAGUCCAUCUGAUGACAUCAAACUAUGAAUGACUUGAAGUAAAUGGCUUUUGCUUCCCUGUGUGGUCACAUUAUUGCAGGUUUGCGUUUUGUGUUAUGAAUCUUGUUCUGGUGGCAGCUCUGCAGAGUGGUUACUAGCUAGCACAGCCACAAAGUCAUUAACUCUAAUGUUAAACCUAGCCUCUAACAUUAACCACACUACUAACCUAAUGUCCUAACCCUAACCUUGAUAAAUUACAUCCAAAAGGUAUUUUUUAUUUGUACAUUCAUUUUUAUGAUGUAGCCAAUUUUGACUCUGCAGCUGGCCCAUCUAGUGGAAGUCUCUCAGUUCUGGCACAAAGACAAGACUCAUCCCAAUAAAUGUCAACCUGACACAUU